AUGUUCAUCGUGGACAUCAACAUGCCACCCAAGCAUGACAGAGUUGAUCUCCUUGCACCCAAGCCAUCGGAGCUGGACGAUGAAGAGAUCCGCCUCCUGCAUCAGCCACUACCGCUAGACAUUCCCACCCUGAGAAAGAACCUGCUAGUUUAG